CUGUUUAUCUGUCUAACUGUGGACGAAACUAAAAAUAGCUAAAAUUGAUGAAUUUAUUGUUUCCAUAACAACAAGUAAGCAAUAUGACGAAAAAUUCGAUAACCUUAGAUGUUGAUCCCACAAUUAUGGAGAAAAAUAUGAGGAUCGUAAAGGAAACUCCUGUGGAAGGAGAGCUGAAAAAAUUACUAUCCUCGGUAGAUACGGUACCUUCACGGCUUGUUAAACCAACGCCAGGUUUUUGCGUCAAGACAACGAGGAUUCCAGACAACAAGAAAGUAUUUGUAAAUAUAUGUCAAACUGACGCCAUACCAUGCCCUAGAGACAUUACAAAUGAUGAGUUAAUGUACAUAUUGAGCUCAGAGGAUCCCUCCAGCUACAGAGUGCCCAUGAGUAUUGGGGAAGGUCGGACUGAACAUGAUAAAUCAGGUGCACCGGCAACUGCUUACGAUGUGGCUGUCAAUCCAGAGUUCUUCAAGAAAAUUGAGAAAGAUGAACUUUUCCAAACAUUUUUUCUCACCGUUGUGUUUGAAGGAUUACAGGAUAAAUAUCAAUUUGAAAUAGAUAUGCAGAAGUUCACAAUAUUGAAGAAUAGGAAAUCCAUAGGAACAUUGCAAUCACAUAGGAUUCAGAUUCGAGAUAUACAACAAACAGAAAGUAAAAUCAAACCUCCACUUAUUGAGGAAAUUAAAGGCAAAGCAUUGUCAAGAAGUGAAGCAGCUCAUAGAAAGAAUGAAAUUGUGUUUAGACUUAGAAGAGAGCCACCAACAGGGGAAAUUGAGUAUUUGUUAGCAGAAUUUAAAAUACCAGCUUCAGUAGAGGUAAAAGAUUUGAAUUUAGAAGUUGGUGAAGAUAGACUUGUAUUAGAUUCAAAAGGAGUUUAUGAACCAGUAGACUUCUUUUUGCCAUGUAGUGUUGACCAAGAUAUUAUUGAUGCACAGCUAGACAGAAAUAUUGAUAUUCUCUCAGUGAAGAUGCCUGUAAUACAUUGAAAUGGUUAAAGUUAUGUUAUUUGAAUAAAAGUCUGAACUAAUUUGG